AUGGAACCACGAGAAGCGACGCGCCCUAGCGCUGGAGCUGGUGAGCUAGGGGCGCCUGACGACUCCCCGCCGCCACAGACACAAAGCGACAUGUCUGAGUUCGACGACGGGCUGGAUAACCGGAAAUCCGUCCGUAGUAGCUAUUCGCAUUGGGAUCCCGAGCCGGGCUUCGUGCACAUCGAUGGCGACAUUGACGGGCAUGGCUGCAACAACACCGCGGUGGAUGUCAUUGCUGUGCCGUGCGUCGGCGCAUCGCCCGUCGACACCUGGGCGAGAGAUCCGCUCGUGGAUGGCUACUUUGGACUGCCUUCGUCGACGGGGCUGGAGAGGUACCCGACGGUUAAGAAGCUACCGGAGAACAGCAUUCUGUCGCCCACGAUUAAUCGGCACUUGCCGAGAGCGAGUCCCCUGUGGAUUCUGCACGGGAUCCGGAAGGAGGUUAACACGGCGCGGAUCUUGCUAUAUCGGCACCGCGAGCUGUCGGAGGACAUGACGCUCGAUGAGGCGGCGGAGGAUCUCCUGGAUCAGAUUGAGAAGAUGCGCGCGGGCCAGACGAAGUCCCGGCCGAUCUUUUUCGUAUGCCAUAGUAUUGGAGGGCUGGUUGCGAAGUUGGCGCUGGUGAAGGCGAGCCAGAGGCAGGAGAUGAAGCCUCUCAUAUUCGACUGUCAUGGUAUCGCAUUUUUUGCCACGCCGCACCGCGGUUCUAGUUACAUGUCGAUGCCUCACUUGCGAGAGAGUAUCCAGGAACUGCUUUUUCUGCAAAGCCCGCUGCCUUGGCCCAUCGCUCACGACUUGCGAUUGGGAAAUAAGGCAUUACUAAAGAUGCACGACCAAUUCGUGGAUAUCGCCAGCGAGUUGCGCAUCUGGACCUUCUACGAAACCAUCGACUCGCAGCUAUCCGGGCUUGGCGGCUCAGACUACGACGAGGUUCACUUCAGCGCACCACUAACUUCUAUUAAGUCGGGGCUGGUCGGAAGCCGCGGAGAGAAGGCACUCUCGCUCGAGAGCGACCAUGCCCACUGCGCAUCUUUCGGGCCCAAUAAUAUCCGGACGAUGGACUCGUUCCUCGCUGAUCUAGGGGCCGCAGUCAGGAAAGCGGAGGACUUGUGCGCGAACUUCGUGCACACGCCACUGAAGCUGAACCAGCAUGUCAAGGUCGAGCUGAUCGGGUUCUACGAGGACCCGGAUAAAGGCGAGACGGGCCAGGAUAUUAGGCUGUAUAUUUCGAAGCAUACGCUGAAGGAGUUCUUGGAGAAGGGGCCCGAGACGUGUCUGAGGGAACGGAUGAACACUGUAGCAGCGAGACGGCACCGAGGGCUAGGGCAUAGGUUGAGGCGGCCGAUAUCAGGCCCGUCGCCGAUGACGGGCGCGCUGGGCAUCUUGACUAACGUGCAAGAAUUAGGGCAGAGGAUUCUGGAUUCGGUUCGGCCUUCCAGCGCUCCGGAAAACGAGCCCCCGGCUGGCCCGUCUCCCGAGAUCGUCGUCACAAGCCAUGCCUCCCGGCCGCUCAUCACCGGUGUCGCCACGGAGCCCGUGUCUAGUGCCGUACCGGGGCGAAGCCGGGGCCUAACUGUUCCCGCUUUAUCAGCACCAGGAUUUCACCGCCCAUCGAGUAGGGGUAGCAGCGAAUCGACUAGGACCGCCGACUCCGAGCCCAACGUUUCUGCCCUUUCUCCCAAGUCUACUGACCUGGAUGAGUACUUCACGCCGAAAAAGGCGGAGGACCCUGGUUUAGCUGGUAAGGAGGCCGGAUAUCACCGUCUUCGUCGUGCUUCGGCGCUGCAGGACUUUACGGCCGGCUUCUCCCGCCCGGAUCCUCAUGGGAGGAAGUUCAUGUGGAUACAUCUGCCGUUUAACAAUCCCCACUGGGUCAAGAAAAUAUUCGACAAGCUUUCCGAGACGCAGAAUCGGAGCUUCGCCAAACUGCUCAGUAACGAGAAUUGGGUCAACAAGCAUGUUCAGGGGCGUCAUGCGAAUCUGCAUGCUUCGUACGUGAAGCCCGGGUGUGCAUUCGUCCCUUCAGAUGCUGGUAAUACAUUGUGUCUCCCUCGUGAAACCGAAGAAAACUCCUCUAACUUAAGUCAAGGGUCUCCUCGUCCUGCAUCCCCAACGAGAGCGGGGAGAAGUCCUAGCCCCGGCAUCACUCCCAGCCAUCUUUACGUAUACUUGCCGUAUCUGCAUUACGACACCUACGUGAACAUCAUCCGGCGCCGAAACGUAAUUAAGCGAAGGAUGGAGCACGGCAGAGGACGACCGGUCCCGCGCGAAGUUGCCGAGCUUGAAUCGCUGGAUUCACGGGUCAUCUGGGAGUACAUCGGCCACGACCCGCCCGUUAAUAUAAGGAGGACCUUGGACCAGUACGGGUAUCCCGGUCUCCGGGACACGUACGCGCGCGAUGACGAUCAGAUGCUGUACAAGCUAACGAAGGAGCGGAUCGCGAUGCCGUUUAAGCAGAAGCGGGACAUGUACCAUACGGGCGAUAGCCAAGCGCCGUUCAGCGAUGUUUUUGCGGGAAGUAGAUUGAUGUCUCCCGCCGGCACGAUUACGACGGCUGCAGGGAGCCACACGGACGAGAGUGAUUCGGAUCUUGAGGACGAUAUCCUGCAAGGAAAUGUGCUGAUGGUGGACCAGUUGUGGCUUUGGGCAGUCGAUACGACGACCCUGAUGACCUUCUUCCCGAAGCGCGAGUCCCAUCCGAUGGAAGGCCCCCUGUUCCAGCAGGUAGAUCUGAGGAACAGCAUAUAUAACGAGCUAAAUGGCGAUCUAAGCGGUCGUUGUGAGAAUGCAUUGGACCUUGCGGCCUUCACCGUUCUUCAUGCUAUUACUGUAAUGCUGGACCGAACAUCGCAUCCUGAUUUAGAGGUGUUCCGUAUAUUCGAAGAGGCGCUAGGCAUACUGACCGAAAGAAUGACUUCGUCGCUCAAGCGAUUCCGCAUGCAAACCUUCCGGGAGCGGAUCUUCUCGGACUCGGACUCGGACGACCCGGAGGACAACCGGUCCGAGAGCAUCAAAAAGCGGCACAGGCGGGAGCUCGAGCAGGCCGAGCGCGAGAACCGCGAGAACACGUCCGCGCUGCUCGAGCUCCGGGACAUGGACGACGAGCUCAACACGAUGAAGAACCUGUUCUCGGAGCAGGAGGACACGAUCAAGGACAUGCGGGACAGCUACGAGAAGCCGGAGCUGCAGGCGUACACGGAGAAUGGGCGCCAGUUCCUGGAGGAGGCGCUGAAGCGGCUGCAGGAGUACCAGAAGCAGGUGCAUGAUAUGAUUGACCGGGUGGAUAAUACGAAGAAAGACUACGAGAAACUACAAGAGAUGGUCCAGCGCCAAGCACAAGUCGACGAGGUGCGAUGGUCACGGCUGCAGACUGAACUGGCCAGCUCACAGAACCUCUCGGUCAUGAUCUUUACGAUUUUCACAGUGCUUUUCCUGCCGCUCAGCUUCUUCACGAGUCUCUUUGGCAUGAAUACGAAGGAAUGGGGAGGCGAGGACGAUAAUUUUAUGAGCCUUGGUGUUAUCGGUGCUAUUUCACUCCCCGCAUCCGCAGCCCUCAUCAUCGGCACCCUCCUCGCCGCCUUCAGCAGCCGCGUGCAGAGCACCUUCAAAGCGUGCUUCAAGCUCUUCCGCUCCGGCGUCCAGCACACGACCUCCGGGUUCGAGAAGCUGCAGCCGGAGAAGUCGCGGCAGGCGAAGCAGCGCCGACGACAGCAGCACGAGCAGAGGGAGCAGCGGGCGACGAGGCGUCGCGAGCGCGGGUAUGACUUCUGGGAGACGGUGAGGGCGGAUCGCAGGACCGAGUAUGUGGUCCCGGAUAUGAAUCGGAAGACGGCGACAAGGAGGAGGCUGGCGGGCAGGGGCACGUGGAGGAAGAUGGUUAAGGAUGCGAGUGGGUUUUAG